AUGAGUGAUGUUGAUGCUGUCUCCCUCCCCGCUGCCUUGGAUGUCGGUUGCAACAACUCGCUCGCGGCGGUGAAGAAGGAUGGCGACGCGGAGCAGCGUCCACAGGGACGCCUGUCGUCCCCCGAUCGCAAAGACGGGAGCUCCAAUCCCGCUCCCGUGGCUCCAGCGUCCAUCGCUCAUCCCGCUUUCGAUGCGGGGACCGCGCUGAAACCGACCAUCUCGACUCACCCCGCCUCACCCCAACGAGAGAGCGCUGGAUCGUAUUCGAUGGGGGCAGUGGACGAGGAUGGGCUGGGCCCGCUCAGUCCCAAGGCAGACUCGGAGGCAGAGACCAUCAUUCAAUCGGGUCGAGAGUCUCUCUCCCCGGAGAAGAAAAGGAAACACAUUCGCCACGAUCCUCAGCGUCAAGCCGUCGAGUCUAUCGACGGCUCCCACCGGAAGAGAACUCGAGUGGAUCGGGACCUGGGGGAACGAGUCUCACGGGCACGAAGCCCAGGUGAUCGAGCUUUCUCCCCGACGUCGGUGAAGGUGGAGAAAGAGGAUGAAAGCUUAUCAGAGGCGGACGAGAUGAUGGAGGGUAUUAGGAGUAGCCACCUCGAGGCCGGAAGACCGCGCGAUCAUCGGAAACGCAGCGUGAGCGACAUCAUGAACGACAAGAGGGAGCGUCGUCGGGACAAACAAUCGAGCGCAAUCCGCGAGAUGAAACAUCCUGGCCAUGUCCGCGUGUCCCGCCCGCCUGCCAGCUCUCGUUCGGCUUCUCCUGGACGACCGUCCCACCAACGCUCCGCGUCCGGAUCGCACGCCGCUUCCAAGAAGAAGGCUCCUACGCCUCUGCUCACAGGGUUUCAAAGGCAGACUUCCGAAGACCGGCAAUCGACUUCCUCCUCGGCUAGCAGUUCCCCGCUCCCUAGUACACACGCUCGCAAGCCGGGGUCCAGUGUCGGCGCACCCGCACCGUCUUCGAGGCACUUAGGCUCGAAGAAGUUGCGGGACAAGAGUGGCCGCACCCCUCUUGCUCGCGCAUGCGCAGACCGAAAAUUCGACCAAGUAGUUCUCCGGUACAAUGAACGCCCAGAAGACUUGAAUGUCCCGGACAACGCAGGCAAUACCCCACUACAAGUUGCGUCCCUCAGCGGUGAGGAGCAAAUCGUCAAAUUUCUUCUGGAUGCAGGUUGCGAAAUCAAUACGAAAAAUAUCGACAAAGACACGCCUUUGAUCGAUGCGGUGGAAAAUGGAAACGUGGAGGUUGUUAAGUUGUUGCUGAAGGCGGGCGCGAACCCUCGGACCGUGAAUGCCUCUGGAGAUGAGCCUUAUGAAUUGGUCCCGACGGACCUCAAGGACGACGAGUAUGACGAGAUUCGAAAAUUGCUCGCGGAUGCCAAAGCCAAUUCCCGCCCUGGCCGACGCUCCGAGGAGCAGCAGGCGGCACCGGAUCGGCCUGCACGAUCCCGACGAGCGUCUGUGGCCAGUCCCUCACGGAGUCCACCCCCCGUGGCCGGUACAACCGGCCGCAGGAAGACUGGGCGAAGCGAGGCGACUCGGAACGAUCUCCUAUGGACGCAGCCGACGUCGGAGAAUUUGCGUGAAUUUGCAGCGAAAGGUGAUGAGCAGGGAGUGGUCAGCAUUUUGAAUAUCCUGCAAAAGGCCGACAACGCAUCUCUGAUCGCCGCUGCCAAGGGGGGCCAUUUCGACGUGCUGUCUCUGAUGUAUGCAAUCGGCGACGCUGACGCCGACCCAAAUCCUCUUCGGGGCUCAGGCCACAAGCCAGGGUACAACACGCCCAUGCUUGCGGCAAUCGGCCGGGGUAAUAUGGACAACAUUCAAUUGAUUCUUGGCCAGCCGGGCUUUGACCCCACUCGGAGGCUUUUCGAAGACAAGACUUAUUAUGAACUUUCUCGUUCUCGACAGGGAGAGAACUGGGAGGAGGAAUACGACAUUUUGAAGAAGGCGUAUGAGAAUUACGUGGGUUCGGGCAAGGGACGCAAGGAAGUAUCCUCUCCUCGACGAGCUCGCGCCAAGGAUAAAGAAGAAAAAAGGAGCGGUCGACGGGAAUCAUCCUCGCCUGUCGCUCGUACCAAACGACUGAACGACAGCAGCCCGAACGCCCAUCGCACACGGCAUCCUAGGGAUCACGAUCUUUCAAAGGAGAAACGUCGCGAGGAGAAAAAAGCCGCAGCUGGAUCUUCCAGCAGUCGCUCGAAGGCCACGUCACACGAUACCCGGGAUGGCCGAGACGACCAGGCUCUCGCCAGUUCUGACCACGAUUCAAGUCGACCUGAUGCGAAGAGACCCAAGGGCGUUGCUUCGGGCCGGCGUGGCAGUGAAUCCAGCGGCAUCACCAGAACCGAUGAAGUCCGCAAGAGACGACUUAUCGCUGGGCGUCGCCCGCAGGACGGUGAUCGGAGACCUAGUUUGGCUGCACAAGAUUCUCUUUCCAGCCACGAGGACAACCCUCAGCCUCGCGAUAGUCAUCCAGAGCUCUCUCUUUCCCUCAAACGCAUUCGCACCGACACUUCGCCUGAGCGAUCACGCUCCCGUGACAGAGGUGGUGACGAUCGACUUUCACCCGAGGCGCGGAAGAAGAAGCGUCGCGUACUGGCGGAAGAGAAAGCGUCGAAUCUCCCAAACGGAACCUCACGGAAAGUGGAAGAUGUGAAUGGGGAAAAAGUGCAGCAGUACCGACCAAAAGAGGAAACCCCUGAAUCUGCCCCACGCAAACAACAUGAUGCAUCAAGGAAGUCAACUACCUCUUUUCACAAAUCAGAGACCACCUCGCGCCCCUCGCAAGAUCCCAUAUCACACAAAUCAAAAGACCGCGAGCCUGUCAAGAAAAUCAGCGAAAAGCAGUCCUCAUCCAUACCUUCUAAACCCCAGCCUAUUCCUGAAUCUUCCAAGGACAGCAUGCGGGCCGAUAGUGAGAACGAGCAGCGUCGUAAGGCUGAGGCGAGAAAGGCGGAGCAAGAACGUAUCUUUGCGGAGAAGCGCCGUGCAGAGGAAGCUGAAGCCGAACGUGCGCAAGUUGCAAAGGAAAGGAAGGAAGAGGCUGAACGAGUCGCACAAGCCGAGCGAAUUGCCCAGAUUGAGCGAGCGGCGCAGGCGGAAAGAGAGGCCGAGGCCGAGCGAGCGGCGCAGAUCGAACGGGAGGCUCAGGCUGAACGAGCGGCGCAAGCUGAAAGAGCUGCCCAGGCCGAACGGGAGGCGCAGAUCGAGCGAGAGAGGCAGGCCGAACGCGCGGCGCAGGCCGAACGGGAUGCCCAAGCUAAACGGGCGGCCCAGAUUGCUCGCGAGAAAGCCGAAGAAGACGAGCGCAAGCGCCUAGAAGCGGAACGGCGCCGUGCUCAGCAAGCCGAGGAUGAACGUCUCAGACAGAUGGAGCAAGAGAGAGCGCGAGCGGCCAAGUUACAACGUGAUCGGGAAGUCGAGGAGCAACGGCGCAUGGAUGCUUUACCUGGGCGAUUACGGGCUUCUGCUCACCUUGUCGGAACGCAGGACCCCCGCGCUCGCAGUCACCUGUGGCUCAAAAACUUCUUGCCUCUGGUCACUGUUGUCACUCGGCAGCUUGACGCCAGCUGCACGACUGAGGUGGCAAACGAGAAAUGGAUCCCGAACUACUUGGUCGCUCCCUUGCUAGCUACGAAUGACCUGCAACUUUCGAAAUAUGCUAGCUGGGAGAAGCGGAACGCAACAGCAAUCCAACGCAUGAAUCUCUGGCGGUGCACACGUCGCAUGUUGGUAUAUACCGACAAUCCUCACGACCAGAGCGCGUCGUUUGGAGAUGUCAUGCGGCUGGAUGGUGAGACAAGGCCCAAAUAUUUCGCGAUGGAGCAUAUCUUUUGGAUCAAGCUCUCUGAUUUUCUCGACCUCGUUCCGCAUGUCGCUCAUCUCUCCGGCCUCCAACUCGAGUUUGUCGGCAUGCACCUCGACCCUGAGCCCUGCGCGAGCACUUCCUCACGGACCAACGGCUCUGUGACGGGGGCUUUUGCUAUGGCAUCCAAUGGUACCGCGACGCCCAACGGCGCCGGCCCUGGUCAUCCUUGA